AUCUGUCAUAUAAUUCAGGUAUUUUCUUGCAUCUGUUGACACUUUAUCACUCAAAAUCGAUUAUUUUUUUGUUUAUUUACCAAGUUCUUCGGCGUAACACCUUUAGCAAAACACAAACUGCUAGGAAAAACGCAUAAAAUGCUACAGGAUGAUCCACUUAUUAAAAAGGAAACACUUCAUCCUGGUACCAAAUGUGUUGAAUUUAAGCCCGGAACAAAGGUAAAAUUCCACUUCGUUACGAAAAAGGUAAACGGUGCAGUACUGGAUGAUAGCCGAAAGGAUGGCGUUCCCAUGGAACUGGUGUUGGGAAAGAAGUUCAAACUUGAAGUGUGGGAGGUCAUCGUCCAAAAGAUGUCUUUGAACGAAGUGUCACGUUUUGUGGUGGAUAAAUCCCUUGUGCCACAAUAUCCCUUCAUAUCGAAAACGUUGCGCGAUGCCAGAAAGCCACCGGAAGAGCGAAAACAUUGCUGUGGCAUGACCAUUCAGAAUGAGGGCAUUGGCUACGACGAUUUAAACGAAUUAUUUACGUCACCGUGUGACUUGGAAUUUAUUAUCGAACUGUUGUCUGUGUCACAGGCCGAUGAAUACGAGAAGGAAUCGUGGCAACUGGAUGAGAACGAAAAAUCCAUUGCAAUAGAGAAUUUACGGCUGAAAGGCAACCAAUUGUACAAAGACAAGAACUAUGCAGAGGCUGAAAAAUCGUACCGAAAUGCAUUAGGUAUGGUCGAGCAAUUAAUUUUAAAGGAAAAACCCAACGAUGAGGAAUGGCUGGACCUAAUCAAAGUGAAGAUUCCAAUUUUGUUGAAUUAUGCACAAUGUAGAUUGCUGGACAAAGACUACUAUGCCGUCAUUGAACACUGCACUGAAGUUUUAAAGCACGAACCAAAAAAUGUAAAGGCGUUAUAUCGGCGAGCCAAGGCACAUACAGCCGUUUGGAAUACGGAUAAUGCAAAAGAAGACUUUCAAAAAUGUGCAACUUUAGAUCCAUCACUAACCGCAUCCGUUAACAAAGAACUUAAGCUGCUUGCCGAAGCAAUAAGACAAAAAGACUCGGAAGAUAAGAUCAAAUUUAAAAAUAUUUUCUGAGUCGACUGUAAUGUAAAGUUAAUUUAAAUGUUUGUUCGUGCAAUGUUACGACGAUUCAUUAAUGUCGGUAACAUUUUCAUAUUUGUGCAAUAAAAGGAAGGCAGUUCAACUGAUUCCAAAUU